AUGUCUGCAAAGCUUUUGCGUACCAUAACUGAUGAAAAUCAAGAUCUGCAUAAGCAGAUUGGGUGCAUGAAUGGAUUCUUUCAGCUCUUUGACCGCCGCCAUUUUCUCGCUGGGAGACGACGCAUCAACAGCCAUGACCACAAGAGACUUCUUCCAGGUCAAAAUGGCAGCCCCACAACAGAGCCUGACAACGCAUUACACAGAGUUAAGGAAACAAAUCCAAAGAAGCUUGUGAAAGAGAAACAUAGAGUCUCGACAGAAUCAUCCAAAACCUCUCUUUCAUCCUCCUCAUGCUCAUCUAGCUUCUCCUCUCUUGACUAUAAGAUAGCACAAUUCGAGUCAUCUUCGUAUAACCAACCCAGUUUACCUGAAACCCCCACUCGGCCCAUGAACAAAUUACCAAAUGCGUCUUUGCAAUCAAGGCAGCAAUCCCACGACCUCCGAGAUGUUGUUAAAGACUCCAUCUACAGAGAAGCCCGUACAUUAUCAGUAAAAACUUGUAGAAAGGAGGAAGCAGUGGGUAGUACAUUAAAAUACAUCGACUCGCCGCGGCCUUUGCAGUUUCCCAACUCUAUCAAGCCCAGAGCUUCUGGUGCCAAUGAUUCAGUUCGCAUUCUUGCUAAACUCCAGGAAUCAAGGAAUUACAAGGAAGAGAAAGCUAGCCUUAAGCUGUUGUCACUGAAGGAGGCUCCUCGGCUCUCUUAUGAUGGAAGGGUAUCACAAGAUGCAUGCAAGUCUACCAUAAAGCUCAAGGAACUCCCAAGGUUGUCAUUGGACAGCAGAGUAUGCUCCAUAAGGGGUUCCGCCUCUGAAACAAAAUCAAAUUUUCUUUUGAAGGAUCUGCAAAGAAGGUCGGACAACUCCAGCAAUAUGCUUAACCAGCAGCAAGAACCAGAAAGUUCCAAACGAUCAUCCACCAUUAUUGCAAAGUUGAUGGGAUUGGAAGCUUUCCAACAAUCAGCAUUGACCAGCGAGAAUCCAUUAGGGUUCAUCAGUAGCUGCCAAACUGAGAAAUCUGACCACUUCUCAAACUCAAGAACAACUGAUGGAAACAAGCAAAAUCAAAUUCCUGGGUCCCCAAGGAAAUCACACAAGGACCCCAUCCAAGCCAGGUUGAAAAAUGCUGAUCAUGUUAUAAGGCCUACCUCAGGAUCAAGAUUUCCAGCAGAACCAACUCCAAGGAGGCAGCCAGAUGGCAGCCAGAGUUCUCAACAAACAAGUUUCGGGCAUGGGAAAGCAACCACAAAAGCCUCAAACUCUUGCCCCUCUGUUUAUGGGGAAAUUGAAAAAAGGUUGGCCGAGCUGGAGUUCAAUAAAUCUGGCAAGGAUCUCAGAGCUCUUAAACAGAUACUUGAAGCAAUGCAGAAGCCUAAAGAAGCAUUAGAUACCAAAAGAGAGCAGGCUUCGGAAUUUGCAUCUCAAAGAAGCAAUUAUAGCAGCUCUCUGCAAAGCUCAAAUUUAGCAAGCCCAAGAAAGCUACAAAAUAAGGACCCAAUUUCUGACACAAUCAAGGGGCCACAAUCUCCAAAGAGUUAUAGACCCCCAAUGGCCAUCAUGAAACCAGUUAAACUAAUCAGAAGAACAAGUGACUGCGCUUCCAACAUAAUCCCAACUGAAAGUAUGUCACGACCCAACAAGCAUGGUGACACUGCAAAUGGGAGAAAGGUUGACAAGCUAAGAGCAAAAGAUCUAGCUCCAGGAAGCAAUUAUCUAAAAGACCAUUUCAGUUCACUUUCUUGCUCCACAGAUAAGAAAACCAAUGCAAAAACUUCAAAAUCAACAUCAGCUUUAACAGCACCCCGACACAUAAUUGGAGAAAACAACACGAGCUCAGCAACUGUGAGCCCCAGACUGCAACAAAGGAAGCUCAGAUCGCAGAAGCAGUCACCUCCCACCAUCCCAUCUUCAGAUUCAAGCAAUGCCAUUAGGCAACCUACUAGACAACCAAUGGGAUCAAACUCCCCUGGUAGAAAACUCAGACUAAGAUCUCCCAGUUUGCAGCAACGCAAUGACCAAUUGAGUGAGACCAGCAGUGGCAUGAGAGAUUUAAGUCACCAAGGUGACAACAUUUCUCUGCAAUCCGAAAGCAACAUUAGCUUGUGCUCUGAUAUUGACAUGGAAGUUCCAAGAACCAAUCAAUCUGACAAGAUCAAUACCACCUUCUUCCAGCAGGAUGGCAAGAAACAAAAGGUAAGUGUUCAUGCUCUUAUUUACCCAUACAAGAACCUUAUUAUCUCGUUAACAGGUUUUGUUUCUCUCACUCAGAAUCCAACAGGGUGCAUCAAAGACAGGUUGAUAGUCGAACCGGCAAUAGCUACCCUGGAACAACCAAGUCCGGUCUCUGUUCUUGAUGCUACAUUUUAUAGAGACGAGUCACCAUCUCCAGUGAAGAAGAUAUUAAAUGCCUUCGAAGAUUAUGAGGCUCAAGAUCCUGAUGAAGGGGAAUGGGUUCCAUUGGAUCUAGCUCAAUUGCAAAAGGGCACAAAACCCAUUUUCAGUGCUUACAUUGAUGAUAACAAAUCAGAAAGCAUCCGGCAUGUACUUCAGAAUCUUCAACAAAUAAACUGUACUGAAGAGAAACCAAUCACUGACUACACCACAGCCCUCCACGAGAGCACGAAUUCAGACCACAGAUACAUUUCAGAAAUAUUGUUAGCAUCAGGUCUCCUCAGAGAUCUUGACUUUGACUCGAUGACCAUUCAGCUCCAAGCAUCAGGCCACGCCAUCGAUUCUGGGGUGUUCCUUGCAUUGGAACAAACAAAGGCAAGUGCAGGGCUCUUGAAUGAUAAACUAAGUGGCAAAAUGAUUGUUGAAUCAGAACAUCCUGAGAAAAUUCAAAGAAUACUCGUAUUCGAUACUGUUAAUGAAAUUCUUGCUCAAAAGUUGCUGUUAGGAGGUCCUCUACAGAAGUGGUUCUCACCAAAUAAGCUAGCAGGAAGAAAACCAAGAGGGCAGCAGCUUCUGGAAGAAAUGUGUUCAGCAGUAGAUCGGCUACAGAAUAAUCACUUGAACAGAAGCCUAGAUGAGGAGGAUGACAGUUUGAGGAGCAUCAUAUCUGAAGAUUUAAUGCAACAAUCCAUGGAUUGGAUAGAUUGCCCUUGUGAGAUUCCUGGCAUAGUGUUGGGUCUUGAGCGGUUGAUCUUUAAAGACUUAAUAACUGAAGUUGUGAACGGGGAGAGAGCUGGUCUGAAAGGCAAGCCUGGUGGGCGUUCCAGAAAGUUAUUUUCCAUGUAGGAGUUUUGGUAAUAUACAAAAGAUCUCUCUCUCUCUCUCUCUCUCUCUCUCUCAUUUCAUGUAUAGCUGGGUGGGUUUACUCUAUAAAAAAUCACAAUAUUUAUUGGGUAAUGAUUGAGCUCUUUGCUAGCCUGUAAAUGUCUAAUAGAGGUUCUUGACAUUAAUGUAAAUUAUAGUCGAUAGAUAAAUAAUUUAGGGGUAAUUACAUUUUUCACCCACAAACUGCCACCUAUUUUUCACUUUGCACCCUAAACUCUUUUUUUAUUUUAUUGAGAAGUCACUUUGCACCCUAAAGUACAAAAAGUUUCAAUAUUCAUUCCCCUAUAUUUUUCAGUUUGCAUUCUAAGUUAAGACCUGACCCCUAAGACAAACGAAAACUUGGGCGUGCACCACAGUCCUGAUGGUCAGAUUUGAAUGGGCGGUGCAAAGUGAAACCUAUUGCUAGUUCAGGGUACAAAAUGGAACUUUUUGUAUUUUAGGG